AUGGUUCCCCUCUCUGAAUCCUCACCAUUGUGGCAGACCAUUGUAAUGGUAAUAUCUUUGAUAUGUAUGGCUUUUACGAUCACAGUGAGUGCGUACCUGUACAUCAAGCAGCUACACAGUUUGCAUGGCAAGUGCUUUAUGUGCUACAUGGUCGCCCUUUUCAUAAGUCACCUACUUUUGCUCCUCAACUUGUGGAACGUGUGGGAAUUACCGUCGAUCUCCUGCACUACAUCAGGACUCUUGGGAUACUUUUUCGUCAUGGCCGCGUUCUUUUGGCUUUCCGUCAUCAGUCUGGACCUCUGGAAUACGUUCAGUGGGACCUCUCAUUCAUUGAACCGCUACCUGCCAGAGCAUCGAUUUCUGGCUUACAACGGAUUCGCUUGGGGCAUGGCUCUAGCCAUGACAUGUUUCACCAUCGUAGCUGACCAAGUCGUUGAUGAGGAUUGGGCACCUCGUAUGGGCACCAACCAAUGUUGGAUCUACACUGGAGAUAAUGCUGCCUUGAUAUACUUCUUUGGACCGAUGAUACUGCUGAUUGCAUUCAACAUAACCAUGUUUAUCCUGACGACUACUCGCAUAAUGAAAGUAAAGAAGGAGGUCAGGAACUUUGCCCAACAGAAACAAUGGAACAAGAAACUUAGCUCGGAUAUGCGAACUUACACGUUCUUCUUGUGGCUCUUCAUCAUCAUGAGUUUGAUCUCGAGCUUGGAGAUAGUAUAUUUUCUUGUUAGGAAGAACGAGUCCUGGCGUAGCGUUUUGAAGGUGGCUGACUAUCUAAAUUGGUCCCAGGGUACCAUCAUAUUCGGGUUUUUUAUUUUGAGGCCUAGCACUCUUAAACUCUUAAGGGAGCGAAUUAAGGGUGACAACAAUGAAGACCCUGGCACCAAGGAACAGAUCUCGCUUGAGAAUAAAAUUUGA